GCCUCCCCUCCCGGCCUCCCCUCCUCAACAAGUCAACCGCCUUUCCACCUCCUCGCCACCGCCCCGUAGUGGGCUAGUGGCGUGAGCGUGACGCCUAGUCCCGCGCCGCUGCUCCUGCUAUAUACAAAGAGAGCCGCGCGGGUCUCUGCGGCGAGGAACGGAGUGGGGAGGGGGAAGAGCGAGCACGCACGCGGAUCCCUUUGCUUCUGCCGCGGAUAGAAGAGCCUGCAGCUGCUGGUGCGCAUAGCUGCGCCUGCUGCUGUUGAAAGUCCGGCCAUGGCGGACCACCAGAGGAUCCACCCGGUCGACCUGGAGGCCGGCCGGAACCGCCCGUCGGCGCCGCUGGUGCCGAGCGGCUCCUUCCAGUCGGACAAGGGCGACCCGGCGCAGCGCGCGAGCAACCAGCAACAACAACACCAGCAGCGGGGCCACGGCGGCUACGGGCACGGCCCGCUGCCCCCGCCGCCGCGCCGCGUGGCGCCGCCUGCGCCGCCGCUUCCGCCGCCAAAGCGCCGCGGCCGGGGCUGCUGCUGCCGCUUCCUCUGCUGCGUCGUCGCCACCGCGGUCGUGCUGGCCGUCCUCGCCGCCGCGGCCGCCGCCGCACUCUACCUCAUCUUCAAGCCCCAGGCGCCGCGGUACUCGGUGGACCGCCUGGCCGUGUCCGCGUUCCAGGUCGACCCGUCCACGCUCACGGCGCGGGCGGCGUUCGACGUGACGGUGACGGCGGCGAACCCGAACGCGCGCAUCGGGAUCCACUACGGCCGCGGGUCCAGCCUGAGCGUGUGGUACGGCCCGUACCCGCUGGCGCGGGGCGCGCUGCCGGCCUUCUACCAGGGCCGCCGCAACACCACGGUGCUGGCGGUCGCCAUGGCCGGGGAGGUGCAGCUGGCCAGCGCCGCCGUGUCCGGGAUGCGGGACGCGCAGCAGCAGGGGGCCGUGCCGCUGGUGUUCCGCGCCGACGUGCCCGUGCGCGUCCAGCUCGGGGGCCUCAGGCUGUGGAGGGUCACCGCCAGGGUGCGCUGCGACCUCGUCGUCGACAGGAUCAUGGACGUCAGCAGCCCCAUCAAGAUCAAGGCCAGCAACUGCAAGUUCGGCUUCAAGCUGUGACUUUGCGGUUCCUUCGUGUUGCUGAGCCUCUAGAUUUCGUUGGGAUUUCCUGUUGGGACUUGGGAUUGGGAGGUACUAGAGUUGCUGCGUUGGAUUGGAUUCUUUGGGCAGAGCAGAGAGCUCCUGGCCGUGUGGUUUUUGCACACGUGCGCUCCAGCCCCCAACCGUGGUGUUCAUCUUGUGUACAGAUUGUAGCAUACUGUAUUAGUAACAUUAUUACUACUGUUAGAGAGGAAUAAUACUCGUGGCUUUUUUUAGAGUUCA